AACAGAAGGUUUCAGAAGUAUUAAAGAGACCACGACUUCCAUUUGCUGUUGUCUUCGCUCGAUUCUGGUACUUCUGGACUUCUGGCUUGAUGGAGAUAUCAUUAACAAAUGUAGUUCUCAACAGCAUCUCUUCUUUCUCUGAAUUAUCAUCUCAUGACAACAUAACUCAUGAGCCAGCUCUGAAAUAUUACCGAAAAGUUGAAGAGAUAUUGAAGUUGUUAAAACCAGUGCUUGAUGUUGUUUUUGAUGCUGGCAUAGCAUCUGAAGAACUGUUCCAAAAAGCAUCUGCAGAGCUGGGACAUACUGUCAAUCAGCUAAAGGAGCUAUUUGGAAAUUUUCAUCCAUUGACGAGUAAAAUCUAUUUUGUUCUGCAAGCUGAAACAUUGAUAUCAAAGAUUUGGCCUUCCAUUGUCGAAAUUUUCGAGUGGCUGAAAUAUUUUGAUUGGCUCCGUCUUGAAUUGAAUGCUUCAUCUCUUGAGCUUUGUGUGCAGAAAAUCUUACAAAUUGGUGUGGAACAAACACCAGCUAUUAUCAGUCAAGCCAUUAGGGAGCAAGUGGAUGGCUCUGGACCCAGCUCAGAGAGUUUGGCAAAAUUUGAAGAUCAUCUGGGCUUAAGGUCAAACCUGGAGCUUCUAAUAGAAGCUGUGGCCCUGGAAAAGUUGAAGGAGAAUGCAGAACAAGCUGAAGAGAAUUGUGAAGCGGUCUAUUUUGAUCAAAUGAUUGCUCUUGUUACCCACAUGCACAAAGGACUUGUUAUGAUCAAUGAUAGGUCUAACCCUGUUCCCAUACCUGCUAAUUUCUGCUGCCCUCUUUCGCUUGAGCUGAUGAGGGAUCCCGUUAUUGUGGCUUCGGGACAAACCUACGAGCGAGGUUUUAUCAAAAAGUGGAUUGAUCUUGGGCUCACUGUUUGCCCUAAGACACGGCAAACUAUGGUCCACACAAAUCAUAUUCCCAAUUACACUGUAAAGGCGCUAAUUGCAAAUUGGUGUGAAAGUAAUAAUGUAAAGCUACCUGACCCCAUGAAAUCCAUAAGCUUUAACCGCCCUUGUUCAAUUGCAUAUGCUGAGAACAGCCUUAAGGAUAUGCAUAUCCUUCCUCAUUCAAAAAGCAGCAAACCUGAGUCAACUCGGUCUAAUGGUUCACCUGGAAAUAACCUAGUUUCAUCAUCUGCCAUUGAAGCCCAAGUCAGGAAUCUUGUUGAGGACUUAAAGGGAACUUCAUUUGAAGUGAAAAGAACUGCCACAGCUGAACUUAGGCUUCUUGCGAAGCAUAACAUGGAUAACUGAAUUGUGAUCGGUUACUCUGGAGCCAUCAACUUGUUGGUUGAUCUCCUCCGUUCAACCGACGCUAAGAUUCAAGAAGAAUCCGUUACUGCCCUCCUCUAUUUAUCGAUUAAUCAUAACAGCAAAACCUCAAUUGCCCACGCAGGUGCGAUUGAGCCUCUAAUUCAUGUUCUAGAGACAGGUACCCCAGAGGCUAAGGAGAACUCAGCUGCUACUCUUUUCAGUCUCUCAGUUAUUGAUGAUAACAAGGUCAGGAUCGGGAGGUCAGGCGCGAUAAAGCCUCUGGUUGAGUUACUGGGACAUGGGACUCCUAGGGGUAGGAAAUAUGCAGUCACUGCUUUGUUUAGUUUGUCAACAUUUCACGAAAAUAAGGGUCGGAUUGUGCACCAGGGAGCUGUGAAGUACCUUGUGGAAUUGAUGCACCCCACAGUUGGGAUGGUUGAUAAGGCGGUUGCUGUUUUGGCAAAUCUUGCCACCAUUCAUGAGGGAAGAAGGACUGCUAUUGGUCAAGAGGGAGGGAUUCCAGUUCUUGUUGAGGUUAUUGAGUUGGGUUCUGCUAGAGGGAAGGAGCAUGCAGCUGCUGCUCUUCUUCAGCUUUGCAUUAACAGAAUAAGAUUCUGUAGCUUGGUCCUUCAGGAAGGAGCUGUUCCCCCUUUGGUGGCUUUGUCCCAGACAGGCACCCAGCGAGCGAAAGAAAAGGCUCUGGCAUUACUUAGCUUCUUGAGGAACCAGUGACAUGGAAAUGUUGGGCGGGGCUGAACGAAAAAUGGCCUUUGGAUGUGACCAAAGUUUAGUGGUAACAUUCCAUGUUGUGUGUAAAUCUUAUGGUGCAAGUAACAGACAUGCAUGGAACUUGUAAUUACUAAUUAUUUGAUGUCUCUUAAUUUCUGAAGAAAAUAAGUACGGGGAAACCGAAAAAUAAUCGAUGGUGGAUUGAGUUGUCCUCUCAUGAUUAACAAAAAUCUGAAUUCGAGCAGUUUCAUUUUUCUUUUGCAACGUAACACCUGCAAGUUUAGUCAUUGAGCCUUGUGUAUUGUGAUUUCCGGCCACAUAAUUGCAGAUAAAUAAUAAUUUGCGAUCUACGAAUGUUGGUACUA